AUGGAUUCUUUUUCAAAUUUUUAUGAAGAGUAUUUCUCCAGUUCCGAGAGUAGUAACUGCCGUCGCCCCAUUUUCUCCGAUGAGGAUUUUAUGUUGGCGGCGAGUAAUCCCAAGAAGAGGGCCGGCAGGAAGAAGUUUAAGGAGACAAGGCAUCCAGUAUACAGAGGAGUCAGGAGGAGAAACUCCGGCAAGUGGGUCUGUGAAGUGAGAGAGCCCAAUAAGAAGUCAAGGAUUUGGCUUGGUACUUUUCCAACGGCGGAGAUGGCCGCUCGAGCUCACGACGUCGCCGCCAUCGCCCUUAGAGGUCUUACUGCUUGUCUCAAUUUCGCCGACUCUGCGUGGCGAUUGCCUGUGCCGGCGUCUACUGACGCCAGAGAUAUCCAGAAGGCGGCAGCGGAGGCGGCGGAGGCAUUCCGGCCGGCAGAGUCAGAUGGGUCUUCGGUAGAUGACUCAAGGACGGAAAAUGGGAUGAUGGCGGAGACGACGACGCCGGAAAACGUGUUUUACAUGGAUGAGGAGGCAGUUUUCGGAAUGCCUGGAUUGUUGGAGGAUAUGGCUGCGGGAAUGAUGUUGCCUCCACCUCAGCAUUUUCGUGAUGACAUGGAUUUUUACUCUGACGUGUCAUUAUGGAGCUAUUAA